AUGUUUGUGAGUGUAGAUAAUACAUCUAAUAUCUCUCUAUUCAUAUGCCCUAUUUAUCUAUCUAAAACUUCAGUGCUUUUGCAACUCUAUCUAUCUAUCUAUCUAUCUAUCUAUCUAUCCCAGUCUGUUCAUAUCUAUCUAUCUAUCUAUCUAUCUAUCUAUCCCAGUCUGUUCAUAUCUAUCUAUCUAUCUAUCUAUCUAUCAAUCCCAGUCUGUUCAUAUCUAUCUAUCUAUCUAUCCCAGUCUGUUCAUAUCUAUCUAUCUAUCUAUCUAUCUAUCAAUCCCAGUCUGUUCAUAUCUAUCUAUCUAUCUAUCUAUCCCAGUCUGUUCAUAUCUAUCUAUCUAUCUAUCUAUCUAUCAAUCCCAGUCUGUUCAUAUCUAUCUAUCUAUCAAUCCCAGUCUGUUCAUAUCUAUCUAUCUAUCAAUCCCAGUCUGUUCAUAUCUAUCUAUCUAUCAAUCCCAGUCUGUUCAUAUCUAUCUAUCUAUCAAUCCCAGUCUGUUCAUAUCUAUCUAUCUAUCAAUCCCAGUCUGUUCAUAUCUAUCUAUCUAUCAAUCCCAGUCUGUUCAUAUCUAUCUAUCUAUCAAUCCCAGUCUGUUCAUAUCUAUCUAUCUAUCAAUCCCAGUCUGUUCAUAUCUAUCUAUCUAUCAAUCCCAGUCUGUUCAUAUCUAUCUAUCUAUCAAUCCCAGUCUGUUCAUAUCUAUCUAUCUAUCAAUCCCAGUCUGUUCAUAUCUAUCUAUCUAUCAAUCCCAGUCUGUUCAUAUCUAUCUAUCUAUCAAUCCCAGUCUGUUCAUAUCUAUCUAUCUAUCAAUCCCAGUCUGUUCAUAUCUAUCUAUCUAUCAAUCCCAGUCUGUUCAUAUCUAUCUAUCUAUCAAUCCCAGUCUGUUCAUAUCUAUCUAUCUAUCAAUCCCAGUCUGUUCAUAUCUAUCUAUCUAUCAAUCCCAGUCUGUUCAUAUCUAUCUAUCUAUCAAUCCCAGUCUGUUCAUAUCUAUCUAUCUAUCUAUCCCAGUCUGUUCAUAUCUAUCUAUCUAUCUAUCCCAGUCUGUUCAUAUCUAUCUAUCUAUCCCAGUCUGUUCAUAUCUAUCUAUCUAUCCCAGUCUGUUCAUAUCUAUCUAUCUAUCCCAGUCUGUUCAUAUCUAUCUAUCUAUCCCAGUCUGUUCAUAUCUAUCUAUCUAUCCCAGUCUGUUCAUAUCUAUCUAUCUAUCUAUCUAUCCCAGUCUGUUCAUAUCUAUCUAUCUAUCUAUCUAUCCCAGUCUGUUCAUAUCUAUCUAUCUAUCUAUCUAUCCCAGUCUGUUCAUAUCUAUCUAUCUAUCUAUCUAUCCCAGUCUGUUCAUAUCUAUCUAUCUAUCUAUCUAUCCCAGUCUGUUCAUAUCUAUCUAUCUAUCUAUCUAUCCCAGUCUGUUCAUAUCUAUCUAUCUAUCCCUAUCCCAGUCUGUUCAUAUCUAUCUAUCUAUCUAUCUAUCCCAGUCUGUUCAUAUCUAUCUAUCUAUCUAUCUAUCCCAGUCUGUUCAUAUCUAUCUAUCUAUCUAUCUAUCCCAGUCUGUUCAUAUCUAUCUAUCUAUCUAUCUAUCUAUCCCAGUCUGUUCAUAUCUAUCUAUCUAUCUAUCUAUCCCAGUCUGUUCAUAUCUAUCUAUCUAUCUAUCUAUCCCAGUCUGUUCAUAUCUAUCUAUCUAUCUAUCUAUCCCAGUCUGUUCAUAUCUAUCUAUCUAUCUAUCUAUCCCAGUCUGUUCAUAUCUAUCUAUCUAUCUAUCUAUCCCAGUCUGUUCAUAUCUAUCUAUCUAUCUAUCUAUCCCAGUCUGUUCAUAUCUAUCUAUCUAUCUAUCUAUCCCAGUCUGUUCAUAUCUAUCUAUCUAUCUAUCUAUCCCAGUCUGUUCAUAUCUAUCUAUCUAUCUAUCUAUCCCAGUCUGUUCAUAUCUAUCUAUCUAUCUAUCUAUCCCAGUCUGUUCAUAUCUAUCUAUCUAUCUAUCUAUCCCAGUCUGUUCAUAUCUAUCUAUCUAUCUAUCUAUCCCAGUCUGUUCAUAUCUAUCUAUCUAUCUAUCUAUCCCAGUCUGUUCAUAUCUAUCUAUCUAUCUAUCUAUCCCAGUCUGUUCAUAUCUAUCUAUCUAUCUAUCUAUCCCAGUCUGUUCAUAUCUAUCUAUCUAUCUAUCUAUCCCAGUCUGUUCAUAUCUAUCUAUCUAUCUAUCUAUCCCAGUCUGUUCAUAUCUAUCUAUCUAUCUAUCUAUCCCAGUCUGUUCAUAUCUAUCUAUCUAUCUAUCUAUCCCAGUCUGUUCAUAUCUAUCUAUCUAUCUAUCUAUCCCAGUCUGUUUCAUAUCUAUCUAUCUAUCUAUCUAUCCCAGUCUGUUCAUAUCUAUCUAUCUAUCUAUCUAUCCCAGUCUGUUCAUAUCUAUCUAUCUAUCUAUCUAUCCCAGUCUGUUCAUAUCUAUCUAUCUAUCUAUCUAUCCCAGUCUGUUCAUAUCUAUCUAUCUAUCUAUCUAUCCCAGUCUGUUCAUAUCUAUCUAUCUAUCUAUCUAUCCCAGUCUGUUCAUAUCUAUCUAUCUAUCUAUCUAUCCCAGUCUGUUCAUAUCUAUCUAUCUAUCUAUCUAUCCCAGUCUGUUCAUAUCUAUCUAUCUAUCUAUCCCAGUCUGUUCAUAUCUAUCUAUCUAUCUAUCUAUCCCAGUCUGUUCAUAUCUAUCUAUCUAUCUAUCUAUCCCAGUCUGUUCAUAUCUAUCUAUCUAUCUAUCUAUCCCAGUCUGUUCAUAUCUAUCUAUCUAUCUAUCUAUCCCAGUCUGUUCAUAUCUAUCUAUCUAUCUAUCCCAACAUACAUGUCUCUCUCUAUCUCCCUGACCAGACACAUAAGCCCACGUUACCUCUUUUCUUAUUCGCAUUAA